CAGAGAUGAAAGCGCGCUAGCUGUGUUAGCAUCAUUUGAUAGAGAAAUGUUUCAUCUGGGAACCGACUAACACUCAAACCUGCACGGCUCGGAUACAGUAACAGAGGACGGAGAGGAACAGCACGAUAUGCAGUCAUGAAGCGGGUUCGCACGGAGCAGAUCCAGUAUGCUGUGGCUCAGUACCUGAAGCGGAGGCAGUAUGUGGACACUGAACCCUCCCUGAAAGGAGCCAAACUCUUCCAGUCAGCUGAGGAGAUGGCUGCCAGCCUCACGGUGCAGACAGAGUCGGGCUGUGCCAACAUCGUCUCGGCUGCACCGUGCCAGUCGGACCCGCAGCAGUACGAGACGCAGUACUCCAGACUGCGCUCCUUCCUGUCAGAAACAGAGAUAUCGUGGGCGAAGGAGGUGAGCAGCAUCCUCUACCCGCUCUUCGUCUACCUCCACCUGGACAUGGUGCGCUGCGGCCUGAAGGGGGCAGUAGAUGGUUUCUACAGUCGUUUCCACGGCGCCUUUCUUCAGGACAGCGAGCAGCGCGCCACCGUGGAGCAGCUCCGGCACGUUCUCACCGCUCAGGACGUAGCGGGCAACCCCAAGCUGAGCGCUUUCCUGGAGCACAAGUACGUGGUGCACCUGACGGAGCCGGCCUACAGCUACCUGCUGCGCUACCUGCAGAGCGAGGACAACAGCGCCCUCUGCAGAGCGCUCAGCACACACCUGCAGGUGGAGGUCACCGCCUCCAGGCGUACAGACUACCAGCUGUACGGAGCAGCCGGUGGGGCGACCGCCGCCCCAAACUCCACCUCCUCCUGGGCGGGAGUGGACGGGGCAGAGGGAGGAGAAGGGGUGGACGUCCCUGCAGGGAUCCCACAGAGUGAGGCGGCUCUGGAGGCUCUGCAGGACUGCAUCAAGAAAGUCCGUGAGGGUCCCCCGUCGCUCACCACCGUGUGUUUCUACGCCUUCCACCACACGGAGCAGCUGUUGAACACCGCCGAGGUCUCCGCUGACAGCCGGCUGCUGGCCGCCGGCUUCGACAGCUCCACAGUAAAACUGUGGAGCCUCCGAGCCCGGAAGCUGAAGGCUAAACCGCACCAGGCCGACGUGUCACACAUCCACCUGGCGUGUGACGUACUGGAGGAGGAAGUGGACGAGGAAGACGUCUCCGGCAGUGAGAUAAAGACUCUGCGAGGUCACAGCGGUCCGGUGUUUCGUACCGCCUUCCUGACCGACAGCUCCGGCCUGCUCUCCUGCUCCGAGGACACGACCAUCCGUUACUGGGACCUGGGCAGCUUCACCAACACGGUGCUCUACCAGGGGCACGCCUACCCGGUGUGGGACGUGGACGUCAGCCCCUGCAGCCUCUAUUUCGCCAGCGGCUCCCACGACCGCACCGCCCGCCUCUGGACGUUCUCCUGCACCUACCCGCUGAGGCUCUACGCCGGGCAUCUCGCCGACGUCGACUGCGUCAAGUUCCACCCCAACUCCAACUACCUGGCCACCGGCUCCACAGACAAAACUAUCCGGCUGUGGAGCACCCAGCAGGGGGCGUCGGUUCGCCUCUUCACAGGCCACCGCGGCCCCGUGCUGUCGCUCGCUUUCUCACCCAACGGCAAGUACUUGGCGUCUGCCGGCGAGGACCAGAGAGUGAAGCUGUGGGACUUGGCCUCGGGGACGUUGUUCAAAGACCUGCGGGGACACACAGACAGCGUCACCAGCCUGUCUUUCAGCCCGGACAGCAGCCUGGUGGCGUCGUCGUCUAUGGACAACUCGGUCAGGGUGUGGGACAUCAGGAACUCCCACGGCGGGACGCCAGCUGACGGCUCGUCCAGCGAGCUGGUCGGACUGUACACGGGAAACACCAGCAACGUGCUGAAUGUCCAGUUCAUGGCCUGCAACCUGCUGCUGGUGACGGGAACUGCUCAAGAGAAAGCAGAGCAGUAGCCGCGGCAUCUCGUGGUGUUUGUUGAGUGUUUGGGAGAACGCUCGAAUGUCUGCAGGUGUUUGUUUGAAGAUGUGCUCGUCCGUCAGACUCUGAGCCAACUACAAAAUCGUCUUUUUGCCAAACUGAGCUGCAGGUCUGAUUUUUGUUUUCUUCAUUAGUUUUCAGCGUAGAAACGGAAGCAAGGUUAUAAAUCACUUCUUUUUUUAUUAAAGUAUACAUCUUAUCCUUCAAAAAACUUUGCAAUUAACAGAUUAACGAACUGCUGAUAAUUUUGUCAAAUGUCUCCAUUUAUCAAUGAGUCGUUUGGUCUUUAAAAUGUCAGAAAAUGACAAAAAAAAUGAGUUUCCAACAUCCCAACAUGCACCACCCAAAGAUAAGCAGGACUAAAGAGGUCAGAUAAUAUUCCCAUUUAAGAAGCUGAAACAAGACCAUUUUAGUUUUUUGCUUCUUUUUUCCUUUAAAAAAAAAAGACUCAAAAAGUUUAUCCAAUAGUUGCUGAUUAAUUUUCUGUCCAUCACCUUCUCGUUGCAGCUCUAAACUGAUUUAUAUCAUUCACUUCUGAAGCAUUUGUCAUAAUUUCUCACAUGUGGUAUUUUCUCAUUACCAAAGCUCCUGCACUAGAUCCCAGUAUUAAAGAUUUCAUCCGUUUCUCGUACGUGAUGAAAACGGUCGGGUGGUUGACUGUUGACUCUGCUGUCCUGCACAAGUUUGAUAUAAUAUAUGAAAAGUGUAUAUAAAAUGUGAUUGUUGGAAGAAGAUGAGAGCAGAGACGUGGGGUUUUCUUUUUCCUUUCUUUUCUUUUCUUGGUUAUUUGAUGCUUGAAUUCAUCAGUUUGUGGAAAUAAUAUAAAUGUGACUGAACACUGAUGGAUAUUGUGGCAUAAACUGGAUCAGUGGAGUCCAGAGUCUGUGGUCGACCGUCUGUAGUUUCACCUCGUUUGUCACAAUUAACGUGUAAAGAUGAAACAGGAUGGAUAAUCAGUUAAGUUUCAUCUUCGUACAUUCAGUCACUUCUUUUGUUAAAUGGAGUGAAAAAAGUGUUUGAUUUUCUCAUAAAACAUGUUUAUGUCUCUAAAUCU